GUACGAUGCGGACUUCUACGUGGGCAAGGACUUGGUCGACCUCGGUCUACAAGGUGACCAAUGCCAAGGGGACUUCGCAAGAUUCGUGCAGCAACAGCACUCUGAUGCAUUUGCAAAGUUGAAGACAAUGAAGCCAACGUCCAAGCGCGCAGUGCCGUCCAAAGUGCCUGCCGAAGUGCUGGCCUGCAAGGUUAUACGCUUGCCGCAGCAUGAAGUUUUGGAACAGAUUGACGCCUGGAAGCUGACCAUACCAGAUGGUGCAGAUGAUUUGGACAUUAGGGCAAUCCUGGCACGGGCUAUGGCCGGCAAGCCUCCAUUAGUUGCUCCUGCAACUGGUGCUUUAGUUUCGGCCGACUCUAAGCAACCCGAAGUCCCGAAAGGAGAACCACCACCUCUACCUCCGCCUGCUUCGCCGCCGCUCGACACAUUCCAAUGUGAGGGUUGCCAUGAGCAUGUGGACAUGAAUUGCAAGAGCGUCUUACCUCUUUGGUGCCAGGCAUGUUUUGACAAGGAGCUUGCCGCUAGGCAGCGAAAGUGUGCUAACUGCCAGAAUGCGGUGGGAUCCAGCAAUGAAAAUCUUUGCCCAGAUUGCCGUCAAGCCCACGCUGAGAUGCAGGAACACAUGCCCGAGGUUGCGGAAGCUUUGCCGCAACUGAUGGCUCUGGCUGCAGCAGCUGAAUGCUCUGGCGUGCAGUUCCAGGCUGCCACUGUCGAGCAUGCAGCUCCUGAGCGUGGCUGGGUCAAGCUGUCCCGGGAGUCGGAGAUGAAUUGGUUUGCGCGGGUGCAAGCAGUCCUUGAUGGGUCUGCGAAAAUGUCACGGUCUACUUAUCACCAUAGAUGGAAGAAUGAGUUCUCAGAUCAUGACAAGCAGAGAUUCAGGCAACAGAUGUUCCAGCGCCAACACCCUGAUUUACCUGCUCCAGCAAAAGCGCCGGAAAUUGAGCCUCUUGUUGCUGCUGCUUCUGCACCUGAUGAAAGUUCCUUCGGUUCGGACAUGCUGCACAUCGAUGAGGACCAUGCGCAGUCACAGUGUUUAAUUUUUUGUGCUAGCCCCCUGAUUUUUGGUUUGAGCUUCACGUUUCCUUUUUACAUAUCGAUUACAUGGAAGGACUACAGUGCAGAGACUCUUUUGCAAGAAUACGGAGACAUUUCUGCGACUCACGAGGUGCGAUUGCAGCACGACCAACAGCGAUGGGAACUCUAUGGCAAGUUCCUUCUACUCCUGCAAGCUGGCAAGGUCAAGAGAACCGAUUUGGAUGCUGGGGGUUGCUUGGAAUCUUUGCAUAUGAGCCGGAAGAAGCUCAACCAAGUGAAGAUUCAUGUGGGUUCCGGCGGCGUUCCAGCCACAUGCCCUGCACCUUUCAGGACUGGUCGCUCGCCGGCGCUUAAGAUGACAGAGCACGAACGGCGCGACUUGCUGCGAUACAUCGAGUACAUGGCCAAGACGGGGCAAGGCUUGAGUGUUCCACAAUGUCAGCAAGCCGUCACCAUCCUGCAGAUGGAGAAGCAAGGUAUCUUUGAGCAUGGUUUGUCUGCUGGGGAAGCCUUGGCAAGGGUCGAGGAGAUGGGUCACAUCUACGAUGUCUCGGCAGCAUGGCGGGCAUUCAAGGACUGGGUGAAGGCUACUUGCCCUAAGACAUCAUGGUUGGAGGUUCGUAACCUACGGUCCAGAACUUUGCCCGAGCACUCUUCUUGCACCCCAGCGGUGGUGACGCAGGCCAUCAAUCGGCUAGAAGACUUGCUCGUCGAAAUCGGAAUCAUGGAUGAAUCCAAGACCAUCAUUCCAACGGAGGCAAGAAGAUUAGUCUGUACCGACGAGAAAGGAUUUUCUCAACGUACAGAUUCCACAUACCGCGCAGUGGUCCCCAAGGGUUCCAAAGCUGUUGGCCAGAAGCCAGAAACAGGUUGGGAACACAUUACGCUUUGCUCCUUUCUUCCGCUUGCUGGAAGCUCUUACCCAGUGGGCAUAGUUUGUCCAAACAAGCGUGUGCAUCCCGACUUCUCUGUCGCUUGCCCUGGUGCCUACUUUUGGGGCAACGAAGGUGGCUCCAACACGAGCGAAAGUUUUGCCUACUUUGUCCAGGAGUGCUUCGGAAAGGUUGCACGGGAGCAACACCACAUUCCUGAGGACAAUGCGCUAUGCCUAGUCCUUGAUAGUGGAGGAGGAUCCCUCCUCCACUUGUCUGUUGGUCUAGUGCAAGUGUGCCUGAAGCUGAAUAUAAGGUUGUUUUAUCUUCCGAGCUAUACUACCCGUUGCUUGAUGGCAUUGGACCAAAAUGCUCAUCAAUCCAUGUCAGACAGCUGGAAGAAGUUCAAGCAACAUUGGAGCAGCAAGAAUGAGAAGCUCUCCCUGUUGGGUGCUUUACGUGCAAUUCAUUCGUUCCUCCCCACAUCUUUGUCUGAGAAAAUGGCUGAGAUUAGCUGGAGGCGCAUUGGGGUAGCGUCAGGCCAGCAGUGGGACAGGAACAUCUUGUUUGUCGAAAGGGCUGCAGAAAUUUUCAGCACAGUGCGCACUGAAGAGGCGCAGCAGACCUCCACCACAGCCUUGGCAAUUUUGCAGAAUGUUUCGCCUUCGAAGUCCAAGUGCACUGGCUGUGGACAGAUGUUGGCUAGCAACAUGAAACUCUGCUUCACCUGCGGAAAGCCAAAUGAUGCCUACAAAGAGGAAGAUUACAAGGUGCACAAGUCUGGAUGGCGGUCUGGAUGGAAAAACAAUCCAACGUUUGAACCUCCUGCGGUGUCUGAAAAGGAAAAAGAAUUGCUGAACCAGGUGGAUGACCUCACCCUGGCAUUGCGAAAAAGAAAAAGUAAAGCUGAAUCGGCAGAAAUUCCGGGCGGGCAAGGAGAACCUGUGCCCCAACCUGCCGCCAAGCAAAGCAAAACUUCAGGGGCAACCCAGGAGCCUGCGCACGAGCCUGCGCCAUGCCCAGAAGAGGAAAUUGAUAUCGGUAAUGACGAAGGAUGUGUCCAAUACAUCGUCGCUUCUUUUCCAGCGUGCGACAGUGACACUGUACAGCCAGUUGCUGAGCACUAUGUUGCCUCUUUGAAGUCUAAGAUUUGCAAAGGGAAUCCUCUUUGGAGCGUGUUCAACAAAGAAGUCAUAAAGGGAGGCCUGUUGUCUAGCAAGGCUGGACGCAAGGGACUCGCAGCAUGCGAGAAGCGCUGGCGUAACGAGGCUGCGAAGGAGCGCGCCAAG